GAUUGACAAGCACAAAAUGACACACAAACCUAAAUAUUUAAUUUGCAAUAGAAGACCAAAAACAAGGAAACAAGAUUCCUAGUCUGAACAUGGCCUAAGCAGGUACCCAAAUGAGGAAUAUAUGGUUUAUACUGGAUACACGUAUGUUUUACUUUAACUAGGAACUUCCUUGCUUUUAUGGAUAUUAGUUACUGUGUUAAUGUUGUUUCCCUAUGGACUUAGUCAUCUCUAUUGUUAAGGUAAAUUGGACGUGCAGAGAAAUAUAGGAGCUACCUGUCAGAUCUAUUUUCUGUUUUGAGGUAUGAUAUCUAUGUUGCUGUGCUGCUUCCCUCUAUCCCCUGCCCAUAAAGGACAUAUCUCCUCUGGAAGCCUGCCUGCACCACAGUUACCAAAUAUAGCUAUUUAUAAUGAGUUGAAUUCCAGUAGCUGGGCAGAAUGGGAACAUGACACUGCAGUUGUACCAGUAGCUCUAGGAAUCCAGCAGAUAAUGUUUAUCCCAUUGCUAAUCCCAAAUCCAACAUUGUCAAGUUUUCAGUUUAGCCCUCUGCAAAGGAGGUUUGAACAUCGAUCUCUAGCACAUAUUCCAGUAUUUUGCCAUUGCUCCAAGUUCAGUCUCAAAGCCCUACACAGUCCAGCUCUUUUCUGGUGCAGUCAUUACCAAAUGUUUAGGUAGACAUUCUAGAUCCUGGCUUUGGUAUGUAACACCAAGAUUUAUAAAUGUUGGUGUGUUUGGGAGAUUAAUCAAUUUGAGGCCUUCAAAUUGUGGACUUUUUGUGUAUCAAGACAGCUCAAGCAGGGCUUCCAUAUUCUGAAGCAAUUGCUGUUGUACGGGAAUGCAGGCUUUGACAACCUCAUUCAUAGAUUGUUUCAUUCAGCAUCUUGAACCUGUAGCUAGUGAAGCAAACGUUGUCGGUGACCUAGCCCAUGUCAUAUGAAAACUACUAAUUUGCCACCAUGAAUACUAGUAUCCAAGGGCCGCUUCUAACAGCAUCAAGUGCUUCAAGGAAAGUAAUUGAGCAGACCCAUUGUAUAUGAUAGGACAUCAAGUGGAUUAAAAACGAGCUACAAGAGGCAUGGUGAAAAUGCUGAGGUCGGGUCUCCUGGGGGAGAAGGUUCUGAGGAGGCUACUUUGGAGGGGCGAAGGAGAAGCUCUUGAGUUUGGGGGAGGGGAAAAGGCCAGGUGUCAGUGGCCAGCCCAGUGCUUUCUGUAGCUGAUCUCAGUGGCAACCUCUGGGCUGGCAGUGCGAGGGCUGGCAGGCAGGCCCUGGCUGACCAUCACCUCCUUUUUGAGCUACUCUUGCACAGGAUUUGUUUAACCUUGUUUGCUUCGUUACAUUCUUGUUCUUAAUUAUGUCACUUAGCUAUGUUCUUAUUUGGAUUGCAGCCCUUUUGUGAUCAGAAGCAAGUUUUGUAAUCACGCAGUGUCCACUGCUGGCAAUUUAAAGCCUAGUUAAUUUCAAAACUGAAUUAUUUUCCUUCCUUUCCAAAGUUAUUCAUUAGUUUAUCUCGUUUUGAUGUUUUAGAAAGUUGUCAUACAAUAACAGAAAUACAAAUGGCUUAAUUCUCUUUGUCACCUGUAUAGGCUUUGGCUCAUUUUCUCUUUUCUUUCUCUCUUUGUUCCAACUCUCUCAACCACUUUCUGCUGUAUUGCUGCACCUCAGUCACGAUCCCUAGCAUCAAUAAAGGCUAUGGUUGAGGUGCUUGUUGUUUAUAAAAUGUUAUGGGUUUUUAUCAUGGGAAGCUUUGUAAUUCUUGUAUAUUUGGAAGGAGGUUUAAAAAACCCUUUUGAUCUGAGUUGAACUUAAUACACGGGUUCUACUUGUGAGAGGCCUUCAUAAUUGCACACACUUCCACUGUGAUAGAAAUCUAUUAGAAACAAUACAUGGUUCACAGCAAAAUAUGCUUUUUCCUCUUAUGAUUUCAGUGAAACAGCUGUAUAAUGGAGUAUUAUCAACAAAAUGGUGCAUAGUUCUGAGGAAUUUUAAAAGGAUAAUUAUUUUCUUUUUUCAAAAUAUUUUCUCCCGGGGAAAGAUUGUAACAGAAAAAGGCAGAUGGAAAUAUAUUCUUGCAACUGCCCACCUAUCUCCAGAUACAAGUUAGAAAUUGUUUUUUCAUCUUAGCAGCAGCUAUUUCAAAUGUUGUUAAAAAGUUCUAACUUUUGUAUAUCCCAAGAUUUUUUCCUUCAUUGAAUUUGAUAUGUUAUAGAAGAAUUCACUACUUUUGACUGCAUCUCUCAUCAAUUAAAAACAAUAAAACUUUGCCACUAAAAUUGCAUGGCUAGUUUUGAUAACAAUACAGCACACAACUUAGUUCCUCUUGGUUUGUUGUUAAUUUUGUCUAAUUUAUUUACUUCUGGACUGUGCACUGUUUGGGUUUCCCUUGUCCUGGCAUUUUAAGGGUGGAUUUUGCAUCCUGCUUGUUGCUAUACAGUUUUCAGAACAGAUCAUAUCUAGAAUUUGUUCAAGUGACGCAACUAUGAGAGUGUCCAUUACAGAACUAAAGUAAAGAUUAAGAGUUAUGAUCUAUCUGUAAAUUGCUGAGUGCUCUCAAUUUCCUUUUAAAUCAGUGGGACUUGAGGUGUUCCAUUGUGGAACUGGGCCACUUGUUAAUGAGACCACUCUAACAAGUAAGGGGUUUGGUAUUGGGCCCAUUGUACUACCGUAAAAAUGACCAGAGUGAUUCCAGUGAGAAGGAAUGUCUGGAAAGAAAAUGACUGACUGUGAAAACACAAUUAUAAUGGAAGUUUGUGGCUGCAGAAGUUCCUCUUCAACAGCUAAUGCCAAUGAUACAAGGUAGAAUGCCUCCCACUCCUCAAACAGUGCAACUUGCAGGACAGAAACAAAGCCAACAGUAAAAUAAUCCAUCCAAGCAUGUCUGUGGAAAAUGUGGCAAGUUCUCACACUCCUCCAUCUCAGCUGCUUGGGAGGCAGCAACCUGCUGAUGUCUUCACAGUGGCUUUCCCAGCUUCAUUGUAGCUUUCGCAGCAACAACCACCUGUCGGAGAGUUUCUAGAAACAGCUUCAGAAAAUGGAGUCCCAGACACAAAGUAUUUCCAUCACUUCUGCUCCAUAUAGCCGGCUCAUGACAUCUCUUCAACAGCAGGAAAACCAAGUGCAUCAACGAAUAGCAGACCUCAGGAAAGAAGGUUUAUGGUCCCUAAGGCGAUUGCCCAAACUUCAAGAGGCUGCAAGACCGAAAUCUCACCAAGAUUAUCUACUGGAAGAAAUGCAAUGGAUGGCAACUGAUUUUGUUCAAGAGAGAAGGUGGAAAACAGCAACUGCUAAGAAGCUGAUCAGAAAUGUGGUGCGCUAUCAUGAAGAUAAAAGACUUCAUAAGGAGAGAAGCAAGAAAGCAGAACAAAAUCGACUGAGGCGCAUUGCUGCUUCUACUGCUAGAGAAAUUGAGCAUUUCUGGUCCAGCAUUAAACAGGUGGUAGAAUUAAAACUGCAAGUAGAAGAAAGAAUGAAAAAAACCUCAAAUGUACAAGAAAUUUCAAAAAGAGGUCAAGAUACGAGAAUUCAGGAUUCAGCAAUAUCUGGGAGAAAAAGAAAAGCAACCACAUUGCUUACUGAUCACGAAGUUUUAGAGACAGAUGAAGAGAAUGCUGAAGUGCGAAAUUCUGAAAAAGAAAACGUGGGUCAUCAAACUGAGUUGACUGAUUUAGCCAAAGAAGAAAUGGAAGACUCUGUAAGUGAGAGAGUGAGCCCUCCGAAGGAAGUAGUAUUCAUAGAGUCACUCCUCAGAAUUGAUCAGCAUGAGGGUACAGAGAAAACAAGUGCUGCAAUGAAACACGUGAGAGACAUAGUAGAGGUUGCUGCUGCUGCAGAAGUGCUGUUACCUACAGAUAGUGCUCAGAUCACAACGGAAGUAAAAGGUGAUACUCCAUCCCUGUUGUAUGGGACUCUUAGAGAGUAUCAGAAGAUUGGGCUGGACUGGUUAGUGAAGUUAUAUAAGAAGAAUCUCAAUGGUAUUCUGGGAGAUGAGGCAGGACUUGGCAAAACUACGCAAGUCAUUGCCUUUUUCACACACCUGGCUUGUAAUGAAGGUAAUUGGGGUCCUCAUCUUGUUGUUGUAUGGAGCUGUAACAUACUGAAGUGGGAGAUUGAACUGAAACACUGGUGCCCUGGGUUGAAACUUCUUCUGUAUUUUGGCAGUCCAAGAGAACUUAUAGAAAAAAAACAGGAGUUGAUGAAACCCAAUAGCUUUAAUGUAUGUAUCACCUCAUACAAGCAACUGUUUAAAGGCCACCAAACCUUGAGGAAAAUGCGAUGGAAGUACCUAGUUGUAGAUGAUGUGCAGAAAAUUAAAAAUCUGACUGAGAAGCACUGGGAGGCACUCUUCCAUCUCCAGAGCCAGCAUCGUUUGCUCCUGAUGGACACACCUUUGCCCAACACCUUGAGGGAGUUGUGGACCAUGCUGCAUUUUCUAAUUCCAGGAAUUUCCAUACCUUACCUGGAUUUCCUGGUGAAAGCAGCCAAUGAGGCGACCCAAGAUUAUUGCCAUAAAGUGGUUACGAGAUUGCACAGAAUAAUUCAACCAUUUAUUUUGCGAAGAUCCAAAAGACAUGUUGAAAAACAGUUACCAAAGAAAUACGAAUAUGUGCUGAAAUGUCAUCUUUCUAACCGGCAGAAGGCUAUGUAUGAAGAUGUGAUAUUAAAACCAAGAAUCCAAGAAACUCUUAAAAAUGGAAACUUUGUCAGUGUCCUUCAUGUUCUGAUGCAGCUCCAAAGGAUCUGUAAUCAUCCUGAUCUGAUAAAACCCAGGCUUUCUGGCUCCUCCUAUGUAUCAGAGACACUGGAAUAUACGACUGCUUCUCUAGUACUAAAGGUACUAGAAGGGGAUCUUUGGAAGGAUUCAGACACAAGUCUCUUUGAUCUGAUUGGGGUGGAAAACAAAAUGACUGACUAUGAGGCAAAAGUGCUGCCAAAACAAAAGGUGACUAGAAAGCUUAUUGAAGAGAUCUACAGCUCCCCUCAUCCUUCAGGCAGACCCAACCCAGUGAAGCUCAAACCAAGCAGGUUAUUUCAACCAGUGGAAUAUGGACAGAAACCUGAAGGUAGGAUUGUAGAUUUCCCAAAUCCUCUAUCAUGGCGUACAGGGAAUACAGUAACGGUUAUGGGAACACAUCAUGGGAAAAGACCAGGAAGAUUGCCUCUUGCCACAUUUUCAGCAAAUCAUAAUGAGAAAGGUGACAAGAUAGUAAAACUAAGCCAGCUGGCCUCCACAGCUGGAGCCCAAGACAAAACUAUUCAGCCAAACAUGCCUAUAACACUGCAGUUUAAAGGGAAAACCUUUACUUUAUCUUAUGGCCAACUCUGCCAGCUUACUGGAGGGCAACUUCAAGUUGCAGGAAGUGUUCUUCACAUUGUUUCAGUGCCAGGCUUGCGGUAUUUGCAAUCUCAGUGGCCAGUUACCUUGUUGCCCCUCUAUCGUGCUGGGGCUGGGACUGUUCAAGAUACUGGCGUUCCAAAGUAUUUAAAGCAUCAAGCAGAUGUGCCAACGUCUACACUAGUAACACAGCAAAUUACCAAUUUGGCAGUGGAUGAUCCAGAAACUGAAUCAAAAUCGGUAUCUACCCUAGAAUGUCCAACACAGACAGCAUUUGAGGAAAGGAACAAGCACCUAAAAGAACGCCUGGACAGAAUAUUUUCUGGAAAUGAGCGACGUUGUUCCAGAGUCCCAUUGUAUGGCAGAGACUUGUUAGGAAUUUGCUCUUUGAUUGGUGAAAAAAAGAUUCCUCAGCAGAGUUCUACCAGGGACAACAAAUGGAGGUGGGCUGGUUUUGUGAACUGUUGCCUUUCUUCAAGUGCCUCAGGAGGCCAAAAUGAUCCACUGCAAGCCCUGAUCCUGACAUCGGAUCAGCGACAGGAAUCCCUAAAGGAUUAUAUUAAUAGCACUCUCUGUGUGCUGCCGGCAGCAGUUGCUGCUCCUGCAUAUUUGCGUGUCGGAAAUCCUCCCCUUUCAUAUAGGCAUGGAAUGAAAAUUUUCAAGCAGAAUCUUAAAGAGCAGGCAGCUCCCUAUUUACAUCAGCUACAACAGAUUACAACUCCACGCUUACUACAGUUCCCUGAUCGCCGACUGGUGCAGUUUGAUUCAGGCAAAUUGGAAGCUCUUGCUGUCUUGCUUCAGAAGUUGAAAUCUAAAGGACACCGUGUGCUGAUUCUAACACAGAUGAUUCUAAUGUUAGAUAUACUGGAGCUGUUCUUAAAUGUCCGUUUUCUCACCUACAUAAGAAUUGAUGAAAAUGUCAACUAUGAGCAAUAUCUGGAGCUGAUAAAAAGAUUCAACAGAGAUAAGCGAAUUUUCUGUGCCAUUCUUUCCUCCCACAGCCCUUCCAUGGGUGGCAGUCACAUAGAGGCAAACACUGUUGUGUUCUGUGACACUGAUUUAGAUCCACUGAUGCAUGCAAAAGCUCAGGAAUGGUGUGAUACAAUUGGGAGAAACAAAGACAUCCACAUAUACAGGCUUGUAAGUGGUAAUUCCGUAGAAGAGAUGCUGUUGAAAAAUGGCACUAAAUGUUUGAUUAAAGAAGUAGCUGCUCAGGGAAAUAACUAUCCUAUGACAUUUUUAACACAGCAAACUGCUCAGGAGUUAUUUGAAGUCCAUUCUUCGUUAGAGGACCUUGAUUUCAGAUUCAAAGCUGGGGAGUUUGUGGUACUUUCUGAGAAACCUUCCCUGGCAGAAACCAUCUCGCCCAAAGUUGUACCACUUUUUGCAGAGGCUCUAAGCGUUGAACAGAGAAAAGAGGACCUUGGAAAAUAUGCACAAGAGGCAAGAAUUGAGUCAAGAACUGAAGUAACUUCAGAGUUACGCUGUCCAAGAAGUAUUAAGGCUCCGUCACAGUUAAAGGAAUUGGAUGACAUUAUGGAUCUGCUGACGCCAAUUGAAAAGUAUGCUUUGAAUUACUUGGAAUUAUUUCAUGACUACAAUGAUCAGGGAAAGCAGAAAGUCAAUGAGGAGUCGAAAACUGCAAACAGAAAGUGGGAAUUCAAUCAUAUCAAGAAGCUGAAGGAAAAGGAAGAUGAAAUGCAGUGGGAAGAGGAGGAAGAGCUCCUAACCUACACUAGGCAAGAUGCCUAUAACAUGGAAUAUGUCUAUGAAGACCCAGAUGGGCAAAUAGAAAGAAUGCCAAUUUGGACUCCCCUUACUCUGCCUCCAGAUCGCAAUGACGUCUACAUUGAUUCUGUUACAUGUCUGAUGUAUGAUUCCACACCAAUUUCAGAGUCUAAGCUGCCCCCUUUGUAUGCCAGGAAGGAGAGUAAGCAAUUCAGAAUGGAUCCAUCUGCUGCAGGUAGGAGGAAUAAACAUCGUCAUGGAGAGGUGGCUAUUCCUCGGUCACUUUUUCACCGAGCGACUCCAAGAAUGUUGAAAAUGCGUCGAAAGGGUAACAAGCAGAAGACCAUCCUGCUGAAACAGCAAACAUAUGUCACAAAACCUUUGCCUGCUGUUGUCAAACAAGCUACUGAAGCUGGACGGGCAGCAGCUGGACAGGACAAUCCUGAGUGGCUGAUUAGUGAAGACUGGGCGCUGGUACAAGCAGUGAAGCAGUUACUGGAGCGUCCUUCAAAUCUUGCCGUCAUGUCACCAGUGCACACACCCAAUUGGGAUCUUGUUAGUGACCUUGUUAAGUCCUAUAACCAAGUUUAUCGCUCACCAAAACAAUGCCAAAAUCGAUAUGAAAAUGUUAUUAUUCCAAGAGAGGAAGGAAAGAACAUCAGUAGUCACCCUGUUUGUACCAGACAGAUCUAUGCUGAAGACCAGAAUGCUGCACACAUGCAACUUUACAUGAGUCACUUUGAUUUAAUGAAAAAGAUAGCAAGAAAAAGAAGUCCCUCAGUUAAACCUCUGAGCUCAGACAUUGGAUGUACAUAUCCAUCAGUUUCCAAAACUUACACAUCAAGUAGCUCAGCAACAGAGCCAUCCAUUCCCAGAUUGUUCAAGGCCAAGCUACAGUGUAGAAAAGGUUCAGGCUCAGUCACAGAUCGCGGCAGUGUCCCAGUCACCACCUGCUGGUCACCACACCUGAAUGAUUUCUGCAGCAAUGGCUACAGCUCAGGUGAUCCCCCAGAAGUCAAUAGAGGAACAGGUCCUGACAAUAGUCUCUCUCCAAUCACUGACUCCAGGUGUACAGAACUGAGCAGCCUCAACCAAAAUUAGCAAGUAAAAGUGCACAUGAGGUUACCUACUUUCAUACUGUGAAAGCAUCUCUGAAACCUUGUUGAACUAAUGAUUACAUUAGAAUAAGCAGAAAAGUACAGUAUUUUAUGUUUGCUAAACCAUGACAAUAAAAUCUGCAGGUUGUCCACAUUUUAUUUUCCAAAUGAAGACUGAGCACUUUUUUACAGACAUAAAUGCAAGAGAAGUUAUUACUGAAAUCUGAAAAAAAAAACUGUACUCAACAUUGAAAAUGUAUUAAUUGGAAUGUACAGAUAAAAGGUCUGUUAAAAUGAAAUGCUUUCUGCUGACAAAAAAUGACCAUCCUUCUAUACCAAAGCAGUGAAAUUACAGACUAAAUUACAGAGACAGAGGUGUAAUCAACAUGUUCAUCAUUGUGCUAGGCUAUUGUCUCCAGAGCAAUAUCAAAUAAUAGCCAGUUAUUCUUUAAACAGAACUACAUUUUACUAGUGGAGUGUUGCACUAAAUGGAAUGCAGAACAAUGAAAACUGCUGACUUUUUUUGUUAGAUCUACUGUAACUGAAUAGCUGUCCUGUUAGGUGUAUGGAAACAAAAUGCAAACUGUAAAUUUUUAGAUGAAUCUUUAGCGCUGUAAAGUAGGAAUUCAGUGAACACUGACAUACUGCCUAAACAGUGUAAGUUGAACAAUGAAGUGUCCUUUCUUUUCAUAUAAAUUGCUUUAUUUCUGUCCUGUUUCUUUGUGCACGUCCAGGGGUGAAAGUAACUUAAAGGACUUACUGGUACGUCGGAGUCCUGAGCGGGGGCGUGGCCUCAACUGGAACAGGCGAUUUAAAGGCCCCGGGCCUCUGGCCACCGCAGAGCUCCGGGCCAUUUAAAUCCCUGCCGGAGCCCUAGGGCUC